UGAUGCCGCUCCCACUCCGGCUGCCGCUCCGGUGAAGGAGGCAAAGGGACAGAAGAGGGAUCGGGAUGGAAAGCCCAAGGAUGAUAAGGAAACAGAGAAGAAGGAGUUUGUCCCCAGGGAGAAGCAUGAGAGUGUUAUUCAGCAGCAGAGUGAUGCGCCUGUUAGGAAGGGACCGUUGACGAAGAAGGAUAUCUUGCUGAGGGAAAUCUUAGAGUUGGGUGGAUCCAAGGAAGAUUUGGAUUUGCUCGAUGGUGUUGAUGAGUCUGAUGAUGAAAACCCCGCGCCAAAGGAGAAAAAAGAGAAGAAGGAGAAGCCAUCGGCGAACCAGGAGGCGAACUUGUUGGCCGAGUUGGCCAAGUUUUCCAAGGAGCUCGGAUUGGCGACGAACGAGAAGGAGGUGCCGCAAAAGUACGAGAAAGAAAUCGUCGUGGAGGACGAUUGGGUGGAUGAGGAGGGUAUGGAGGAGGAGGAGGAGGUCAUCAUGCCUACGGAUCAAGUGUUGCAGACUGGAAAGUUUGGAAAGGCAUUGUUCCAGCCUCAGCCAGAGUGGCAUACAUACCCCCUGCCCAUCCUGACUCCACCAACCCAGAGUCUCCCUCAACGCACCCUCGACACUCUCUACGAAAAGGCCAAGGGCUUGUUGCAGACCGAGAACGAGACAUACUCCAACAGUGCUAACAAGUCAAGCUCCGACAGACAGUUCUUGGCUACCGUCAUGAAGAGCGGUACGUUGAACGACAAGGUUUCUGCUUUGACUUUGGUUAUUCAGGAGUCCCCUCUGCAUGCUACUCGCACUCUCGACACUUUGUUGGGUAUGUCCAGGAAGAGGAGUAGAAACGAAGCUGUGCAGUCCGUUGGUGCAUUGAAGGAUUUGUUGACUGGAACCGUGUUGCCAGACAGGAAAUUGAGAUUCUUCAAGCAGCAGCCCGAGUUGGGUGCCGAAGGCAUGACUGACCGUCACCUCGUCGUCUGGGCUUUCGAGGACUACUUGAAGAGGUGGUAUUUCGACCUUUUGCAGGUGAUGGAGCAGCUCAGCAUGGAUCAGCUUCCGUUCGCACGUAACCACAUGGUCACCUACCUAUUUGAGCUUCUUCGCGACAAACCCGAACAGGAGCAGAACUUGUUGAGGUUGUUGGUGAACAAGCUUGGUGACACCGACAGGAAGGUUGCGUCGAAGACCUCGUACAACGUUCUUCAGUUGGAGCAGAGUCAUCCUUUCAUGAAGUCGAUUGUCAUCAGGGAGAUCGAGCAGCUUGUUUUCAAGCCGAGUGUACCGCAGCAUGCGUUGUACUAUGCUAUGAUUACCCUCAACCAGACUAUCCUUGCCACUAGGGAUACCGAGGUUGCGAACCGCUUGAUCGACGUUUACUUUGCUUUCUUCACCAAGCUUUUGCAAACAUCCAAGCCUGUCCAGAAGCCAGCGGCGAAGAAGGGUGAGAAGCUGUCCAAGAAGGCGCAGAAGAAGCUCGACGAGGAGGAGAAGGCUAUGUUGCAGGCGGAGGAGACCAACGCCAAGAUGAUCUCCGCAGUCUUGACCGGUGUUAACCGUGCGUUCCCCUUCUCCAAGGUGGCUGACGAUGUGUUUGAGAAGCACUUGGACACUUUGUUCAGGAUUACCCACACUGGAAACUUCAACACUUCUAUUCAGGCUUUGUUGCUCAUUUUCCAGGUCAUCAGCUCCAAGCAGCUCGUUUCCGACCGUUUCUACAGGACGUUGUACGAAUCGCUCUUGGAUCACCGUUUGAUUACUUCCUCCAAGCAGGCCAUGUACUUGAACUUGCUCUUCAAGGCGCUCAAGGCGGACGGCAAUGUCCCACGAGUCAAGGCGUUCGUGAAGAGGAUGGUUCAGACUACUUCUUUGCACCAGCCAAGUUUCAUCUGCGGUAUGCUUUACUUGUUGAGUGAAUUGGAGAUCGCAAUGCCGACGGUCAGAGGAAUGCUCAGGAACCCUGAGAUGAACGACGAGGAUGAGGAGGAGGUGUUCAGGGAUGCUCCGGAUGAGGAUGACGAGGAGGAGGAGAAGGCUGUGGUGUCUACCGAAGAGAAGAAGGAGGUCGUUUCUACGAACGUAUACGAUGGUCGCAAGCGUGACCCGCAGUUCGCCAAUGCCGACGGAAGCUGUCUGUGGGAGUUCUCGCCACUCUUGACGCACUUCCACCCUACUGUCUGCAUGUACGCCUCUGCGUUCCUCGCCGGCGGAAAGAUGCCCUCCAAGCCCGACUUGGCUCUCCACACCCUUGGUCACUUCCUUGACCGUUUCGUCUACCGUAACGCCAAGGCCAAGCCCGCUGCUCGUGGUGGCUCCAUCAUGCAGCCUUUGGCUGGUGGUGAUACUCGCGGUAUGGUGUUGGCUACCAAGGCUGCUGCUGAGACUGAGCAACCUGUCAACUCUGAGGCCUUCUGGAGGAAGAAGGUUGAGCAGGUGCCGGUUGACGAGAUCUUCUUCCACAAGUACUUCACAGAGAGGAAUGCUCGUGCUGGUGUUACCUCCAAGAAGGACAAGAAGAGGAAGGCUGCUGGUAGUGAUGUCGAGAGCGAGAUGGACGAUGAGGAGGUCUGGGACGCCCUUGUUGACUCCAACCCUCAACUUGAGGGUGGCUCCGACCUUGAGGAUGACCUUGAUGACGAUGAUCUCGAGGACUUGGAGGAUGCUAUGGGCAGUGAUGAGGAGGUUGACGAUGAGGAGCUCGCCAGACGGGAAGCCUUCGGUAAUGAGGGCAUGCUGGAUGAGGAUGAGGAUGAGGAUGAGGAUGAGGAUGAAGCAGAGGAGGUUGAGGCUGAAGACCUUGAGGACCUCGAUGAUGAUGAUCGUGAGUUCGGUGUUGAGGAUGAGGAUGAUCUCAUGGACGACGAGGACGUGGUUCUCGAUGCACCAGAAGAGGAAGAGGAGGAGCUCGAUGCUGAGGAGGCUAAGAGGAAGGCGAAGAAGGAUGAACGCAAGGCCAAGAGAAGAAAGCUCAAGGAGUUGCCUGUGUUUGCUUCUGCGGACGAUUACGCUCAGUAUUUGCAGGAUUAG